GUUUGAUGUAUUGCCUAUUACAGGCCUAUUACAACACGGAUGUAUUCAUCAUUUUCUCUGCUUCAACAACGAUUAGCCAAUCCGUUUCAAAAGUAAGGAUUAGCUAAUCGUUUCUGUUUUACCCUCCCCAGCCAAAAUCUGCUGCUCCACCCCACCCUCUCCCUCCCAACAUCAACAGCAGUUUUCUUCGAACCAAAUCUCCACCGUCUCGCGUUUGGGAAGCGAGAAAGUGCGAGAAAAAUGAGCAGACCGGGGAAGAAAGUCGUCGAUGUCGCGUUCAAAGCAUCAAAGAACAUUGAUUGGGAAGGGAUGGCUAAGCUUUUGGUCUCCGAUGAGGCUCGCAAAGAGUUCGCUACUCUUCGUCGCACUUUUGAUGAAGUUAACUCUACUUUACAAACCAAAUUCAGCCAGCCAGCUUGUGAAACGGUCAUGAAUUGGUUAUCUUCUGGUGGAGUUACAGAGUUGUUACCUGAAGCAAAUGUACAGCCCAAUGAGAGAUUCAUGGUGAUGCGGGAAGUUAGUCCAUUGCCUAUUUCACUGUUAUCUGGCUUUUCAAUGAAUCUUUAUUUGAAGUUGGUCUUUCAAAUGGAACAAUCUUUAUUUGCUGGGCAGGUUGUUCCUAGUAUUGCUAUGGUUGAAACAUACACCAGAUUGUUGCUCAUUGCACCUCAUUCGUUAUUUUGUUCGCACUUCAGUCAUUUGGCACAGAGGAAUGCUUCUUUAUUGAGCAAGCCUGCGGUGACACUUCUGGUGCUUGAAAUUGUCAACUAUCGUCUGCUUCCACCGUACAGGUGUAGAGAUCCCCAAGUUUGUUGACACCGUCACUCCUCAAUACAAACCAAAAUUUGAUGAAUUGCUUGUAGAAUUGAAAGAGGCAGAGGAGAAAUCCUUGAAAGAGUCUGAGCGAUUGGAGAAAGAAAUUGCCGAGGUUCAAGAACUUAAGCAAAAGAUCAACACCAUGAUCGCAGACGAGUACUUUGAGAAACAUCCAGAGCUUAAAAAGAA